CCAUUGAAUCCCUCCUUCACCUUUGUCAAUUUCUGAGCUUGCAUUAGAACGCCUCGUUGUUUCCCACGCUUGGAAAGAAGUUAACAGGCUUUUAUCUGAGGUUCGGAAGAGAGAGGACACCUACAGAAGAGAAAAUCAUAGAAGCUUAAUCUUUUUGGAUUUCCCUGCAAGUCGAGUGGGACCCGCCAAAUUAACGGGGAAGAGCAGUGACCGCGAGCCAUCUGGAAUCGAAAAGGCUACCGCAGCGACUGUUACAAUCAGGCGCGCAACAUUGUUGCAGUGUGACUGCUCGAGCGCGAACAAGGGAAUAACACACAUCUAGCAAUGGUUUACAUGAGAGCAUUUUAUCAGACUUUUAUAUUAUUGUAAACGUAAACUUCGAAUUAAAUCCCGGGUGUUUAACAGGAAGGAAUACAAUAUAUUUUCUAAAAGGAUAAAGUAUGCCGGACCAAAUUACAGUGUCCGAGUUCAUGGCGGAGACAAAUGAAGAUUAUAAAGCGCCAACUGCAUCAAACUUCACCACUAGAAUGUCCCACUGUAGGAAUACCGUGACUGCUUUGGAGGAGGCGCUGGAUGUGGACCGCAGUGUGCUGUACAAGAUGAAGAAGUCAGUCAAGGCCAUCUACACCUCAGGUCUGGCCCAUGUGGAGAAUGAGGAGCAGUACACCCAGGCCCUCGAGAAGUUUGGGGAGAACUGUGUCUACAGGGACGACCCCGACCUGGGCUCUGCCUUCCUGAAGUUCUCUGUCUUCACCAAGGAGCUCACCGCCCUCUUCAAAAACCUGUUCCAGAACAUGAACAACAUCAUCACCUUCCCUCUGGACAGCCUGCUGAAAGGAGACCUGAAAGGAGUCAAAGGGGACCUGAAAAAGCCUUUUGAUAAGGCCUGGAAAGACUACGAAACGAAAGUCACUAAGAUCGAGAAGGAGAAGAAGGAGCAUGCGCGGCAGCACGGCAUGAUCCGCACUGAGAUCAGCGGGGCAGAGAUAGCAGAGGAGAUGGAGAAGGAGAGGAGGUUCUUCCAGCUCCAGAUGUGUGAGUAUCUUCUUAAAGUGAAUGAGAUCAAGAUCAAGAAAGGGGUGGACCUACUCCAGAAUCUCAUCAAAUAUUUCCAUGCACAGUGCAAUUUCUUUCAGGAUGGGCUGAAAGCAGUAGACAACCUCAAACCCUCCAUAGAGAAGCUAGCCACAGACUUACACACGAUAAAGCAGGCCCAGGACGAGGAGAGGAAGCAACUCACUCAGCUACGGGACGUCCUCAAGUCAGCGCUGCAGGUGGAGCAGAAGGAGGAGUCCCAGGUGAGACAGAGCGCCACCUACAGUUUGCACCAGCCUCAGGGCAACAAGGAGCAUGGUACCGAGCGCUGUGGGAACCUCUACAAGAAGAGUGACGGGUUAAGGAAAGUGUGGCAGAAGAGAAAGUGUUCAGUAAAGAACGGAUACCUUACCAUAUCACAUGGGACGACAAACCGACCGCCGGCAAAACUCAACCUCCUCACCUGCCAGGUGAAACACAACCCAGAGGAGAAGAAGAGCUUUGACCUCAUCUCACAUGACAGAACAUAUCACUUUCAGACCGAGGACGACUCAGAAUGUCAGAUAUGGAUCUCUGUGCUGCAGAACAGUAAGGAGGAAGCGUUGAAUAAUGCCUUUAAGGGAGACCAGCACGUUGGGGAGAACAACAUCGUCCAAGAGCUGACCAAGGCCAUCCUGGGAGAGGUCAAGAGGAUGACCGGCAACGAUGUCUGCUGUGACUGCAGAGCGCCCAACCCCACGUGGCUCUCCACUAACCUGGGCAUCCUGACGUGUAUAGAGUGUUCUGGGAUCCACAGGGAGUUGGGAGUCCACUACUCCAGGAUCCAGUCCCUCACGCUGGACGUCCUCAGCACCUCUGAACUCUUG